GUUCUCGCGUAGAUGAGAUUUCUCUUGACUGAUACAUCCUGUGUACAACGCUAAGAUAUACAACAAGAAGAAUGUAUUGCCUACAGUGGUUGCUUCCAGUGUUGUUAAUACCCAAACCUGUAAAUCCUGCAUUGCUACAAACGCACGUUAUGUUUAUGGCACUUUAUCUAAUUGGAUUCUUCUUGGAGCGUAAACCUUGUAAUACAUGUGGUUUAGUCUUCUUAGUUGCAAUUUUUCUGAUAUGUUACAGCGGUAUUGGUAACUGCUUCCUAUGGAGCAAAAAUUGUGACACUGUAAGAUGUAUUAAUGGUUAAAAUGAUUUCAUUGCUCUUCCUAGAUAUUUCAAUUCUACUUAUUUUUGCAUCUGUCUUCUUCAAGAAUGAGUUUAAGAAAUAAUCUUAAAUAAUCAAUUUGAGUGAUAUAUGAAAUCAAUAAGUAUUUAUAUAGAAUAUGAUGACAACAAAAAUAUGUUAUCGACUUAAGGCUUUAUUACUAAUGUAUUGUAAAUUCUUAUAUUUUUCAUAACCUUCCAAUUAUGAACUAUUAAAGAAUGUCGUACAGUAGAAUUUAUGUAUCAAGCUUACCUAUUAGGUUUUUAAAUAGUUUGUAACUAAAUUCUUAAUAUAUAAUCUAAUCUUCGAUAGAACAAUCUCUAAAACAUAUACAAUUUCAUAUAUUAAAUAUAUAUGUAUUACAGUAAAUAAUUCAUUAUGAAAAUUUAUUACAAAUGCAAAUAUUGUAAUAUUGCUAUAAUGAUCUUCCUGAUUAAUAACAUCUUUUUGAAAUGUGGCAUUUUAAUGACAUAAAUAUAUGUUUAAAUUAUAUUCCUUUGAUGUAUUAACAGAAAAGGUAUGUUGUAGCUGUUAAAUAAAUAAAUUAUUAUAAA